AUGGACGCUGUCCUGAGGGAUCUUCUCCCAGAUCUGGACCAGGGCAUCACUGAGCUCCUUGAGUCUGAGACCAAGGCCAAAAUGGUGCAUUUGAAAGACAAGCUCCGCAAUCGUUUCAAGAGAAUGGCGGAGGAGAAAGAGACGAGGAUUAAGCAACUAACUGACGAGCUGAAUGGAACGAGGCAAAAGAUACAGAAGAGGGAGGUUAAGAUUUGUACACUGAUGAAGGAGCUCACAGAAAGUAAGGGACAACACUCAGAGUGUCAAAAAGAGUUGCUUCGAAAAGACAGGUCUUUGGAGAAGCUCCGUGAGGAGAGGGAUGAGCUGAGAGUCCUGAUGGAGGACCGAAGCAAAGAGUGCGCCCACCUCGACCGGAGCAAAGCCAAACUGGAGGCUGACUUGGCUCUGAGCCACAAACUCCACACCUCACACCUUGAGGUUCGAAGUAGAGAUGAGUUAAUUCUGCAGCUCAGAGCCGAAAUGAAGACAGCUGAACAGAAGCAUCGAGGAACACAGAAGCAGGUGACAGCCCUGGAGGAAGAGGUAAGACACUUAAACUGCACGAUUAGAGCGCACAAGGAAGAGGCCUGUCAGUUAAGCGAAAAGGUCAGCGAUAUCGAGCACCUUAGAGAGCAGAAGGAGAAAGAACAACAGCAGCUACAAGAGCAGCUCCGUAUUAAGCAGCAACAGGCUGAUACAGUUGAAAAGAAGCUGAAUAAGGACAAGGAGGAGGUGGAACUUCUUAAUCAGCAGCUGAAAGAAUCCAAGGAUGAGCUCAAAGAGGCCAAUUUGCACACCCAGGAGCAGAAAGAAACGGCUGCGAUUUUUAAGCAGAAAUACACGGCAGCAAUAGAGAAGGCGCGCAGGGUGCAAGAGCAUGUGGAACGUCUGGAGGAGGAACUACAAUAUUCACAGGAAAAGCUAAGAGAGUCGCAGUUAGCAGCUUCUUCGCUGAAGGAAGAGCUAGCUGAGCUGGAGCGCCGGUAUCAGGAAAAGGUUGGCCAGUGGGAGAAUUCACAGGAGGCUCUUGACCAACUAACAGAUGAACUUCAGGCCAGUCACAACCUGCUAAGAGAGAGUGAAGAAAAACUGGAGCACUUCAAAAACCUGAUGAGAUCCCUUCAGGAGCAGAUGGACACACUCAAUCAGCAGAAACUUGCUGUGGAGUGCGACCUGCAGCUCUAUCGUCGGAGCCAUUCUCAUUCUGAUGAGGAGUAUUUGAGUCUAGGAAGACUCAGACAGCAGCUGCAGAAGCGCUGUGCGGCACAGGUUGAACACCUUGCGGUGUGUGAAAACACUAUUCUUCAGAUGAAGUCAGAGCUAGAGAGACAAGUCCAGGAAAAGCUGGGUCUGAAACCAAGUCUCGCUGCUUCCCAGCAAACUCACCGGAGCAAUCAAAAACAGCUGGAACAGGAAGUGAUUCGUUCAAAACAGGAAGUGGCAUCCUUAGAGCGUGAACUGGCGAACGCCCAAAAGGUACAGGUGACACUCCUCAGGCAGUCAGAUGAGGAACUGAAGGAGGCCAGACAAGAGUCUGCAAGAAAGAGCCGAGAGGUGGAUGUGGAGAGAAGAAAGGCCCAGAUGCUUCAGGAGGCGUUACACAAGGAGCAGCAGAAGCUGCAGAGUGCUAUCAGAGAGAAUGAGACCCUGAGCACUCUCAUCGGAAAGCUGAGGAAAGAGCUGGAGGAGCUGCGCAGCAGUCACCAAGUUACAGUGGAGGAGUUGGCAGCCCGUGCAGAGGAGGUGAGGCGGAUGGAGGGGUGUCUGAAUGAAGGCAAGCUAGCAGAGGAGAAAAUAAGGUCAAUGGCUGCGGGGCUGAAGAAGGAGCUGACAGAGGCUGUCCAUCAGAAACUCACAGCAGAGAGAGAGAAACAGGAUGCAUUGGACCAGGUGAUCACGCUCCGGUCAGAGAUGGAGGGGACGCGGUCUGACAAUGCAAAGCUUCUGCACGAGAGCCAGCUGGUCAUGACUAAUGUCAACCUUUGGAUCACUGAGCAAAAGGCUUCCAGUGAGAGCAUUAUUGCCCAGAUUAAAGCCCAAAACAAAGCUCUGCUUAUCAUCACUAAAGAGAAAGAAUGCCUUCAGGAGGCUAAUGACACACUGAAGGCGGAGGUAAAGAGACUGAAAGAAGCGGUGGAUGAGAAGGAGAAAGACAUGGAACUCUUCAAGGCCCAUCUCCGGGACUGGGGAGUACAGCAAGACAGGAAAACCAUGGAAAAGAAGGGCUGCGUCGCUCUAAACCUCAGCAAAAUCAAGGACAUGCAGACCAGACUGCAAAGCAACCUGGAGGCCAUCGGAAUGCUAAAUCAACAAUUAGGCAAUCUCAGUCAGGAGAAUAAGCGGUUGCGUAGGCAGCUGGAAGAAGAGAGGUCCAUGCAUAGACAAGUGGAGAGGAGUGGGCCCCUUCCUCCUCCCCCUACAACCACCAUCCACCUCCCACUCUCUCUCAGUGUCAGCCCUCCUAUCUGUGCCUCCCUUCCCUCAUCCCUGGACCUGCCCCGUCUUCUGAGUAUAGUCCCAGUGACAGGGGACACUAAUGGCACUCAAACCAAGCCGACUACAGUCGGAGUAGGGAGACCAGGUGAGUCCAAGGCUUCGGAUAAAGCGUCCUUGAUUAGGCCGUCUUCCAAGUGCGCUUUCUCCGCCUCUGUGGAAGAUGCCGGGUCUAAGGGGACAAGCAGGAAUCCGGCAAAAUGAAGCCCCCUGAAGACUUUGACCUGCCAUGGCUUUUGACCUUCAGCUUCUCGCUGGGGAGCAUACCCAGGAUGAGGUUAAUGUCCUGCAGGUCAAAGUCAAGUCCCACAGUUCUUUGUGCCUAAGGGGG